UUAGUCGAACAAUUAAACGAAAAGUUUCUUCGCCAUGAGGAGUAAAUCCAGCCUGUUUCUAAUAUGCUUCAUAAUAGGCUUCAAAAAUCUGGGGACAUCAGAAGCAGUUGAGGCACCUGUUGUCCAGACCAAAUUAGGAGCUCUUGAAGGUGAACACAUGCUUGUGAAGGGGAGUGCGACACUUGUCCACAGUUAUCUGGGUGUGCCUUUUGCAAAGCCGCCGUUGGGCCCCUUGAGAUUGGCUCCACCCAAACCUGUGGAGAGAUGGGAAGGAGUGAAGAAAGCCACAAAGCAACCUCUCAUGUGUGUACAAGAUAGGAAUAUAACCGUGACUCUGUUGUCAGACUUUUCAAUGAGCAUGGAUGUUCCCGAUGUUUCAGAGGACUGUCUCUACCUUAACAUAUACACACCAUCAAAACCUGGUGAAGAUGCUAAACUACCCGUCAUGGUUUGGAUUCACGGCGGAGGAUUCAUAAUGGGUUCUGCUUCACUGAGUGAUGGAUCUGUAUUGGCUGCUUACCAGAAUGUUGUUGUAGUGCUUAUCCAGUACAGACUGGGCCUGCUGGGGUUCCUCAGCACAGGAGAUGAACAUGCCCCUGGUAACUAUGGUCUACUAGACCAGGUGGCCGCACUUCGCUGGGUCCAGGAACACAUCCACAACUUUGGAGGUGAUCCUAAUUCUGUCACCAUCUUUGGAGAAUCUGCCGGAGGAAUGAGUGUGUCUCUGCAGGUUCUCUCUCCAUGGUCGACUGGCCUUUUCCAUCGUGCAGUAGCACAGAGUGGUUCCGCAGCAUUAGAUUCUAUUGUGAACCCCAACCCUUUACAAGUAGCCAAGCAAGUGGCUAAUGCAUCAGGUUGUGACAUGAGUAGCACAAAGAAGAUAGUUGAAUGCAUAAAGCAGUGGUCAACAGAGGAUGUUAUAGCAUUUGUCAAUGAGCCAAGCAAUGCCAUGCUGGAAUUUGGAGUCACGCUAGAUGGCAGCUUUCUACUGAAGUCUGUUAUGGAGCUUUUAAGGAACAAGGAGUUUGACAAGGUGCCACUAAUGACAGGUGUGACAAAUGAUGAAUGUGGCUGGUUACUUUUCAAAAUGCUCUCACCUCCAGGAUGGGAAGAUGGAAUGGAUCGUGAGCAAUUGCCACCGUUCUUCGAACGUUUGUAUCCUGUUGCAAGAGAAAAAUGGGUCAAAGAACUGAUACUGGAUGAGUACAUUGGAACAUCUAGUGACAGGAUUAAGAUCCGAGAUGGUUUCAGAGAGUUACUGGGAGAUGUCAUCUUUAACAUCCCUGCUCUCGAACUGGCAAAUUACCACAGAGAAGUUGCACCAGUUUACUUUUAUGAGCUACAGCAUCCUCCCAACAUAGUCCAGAAGAAAAGGCCAAGUUUUGUUGGAGCCGACCAUGGAGAUGAUCUUGCUUUUGUCUUUGGUGAAUGCUUUGCCAAUGGUCACAUCAAGGUAAACGGCCAAUUCACAGAGGCUGAGGAUGAACUCUGUAGAAAAAUAAUGUCCUACUGGGGUAACUUUGCUCGGACUGGGUCUCCAAAUGGGCCAGGAUUGACUCCAUGGCCUGAGUUUGGAGAUGAGGCUGAGUACCUGGGCAUCGGGUUGGAGCAGCGGCCUGGUACAAACCUGAAGGAGAAGCGGUAUCUCUUCCUGACCGGGACUAUCCCAGAGAUGCUGCGUGUACGCAAGGGGAGGGAACACACUGAGCUUUAGUGUGGAUUCACUGAAUUAAUGAGCUUGAAUUAAGCAGGCUUCUGUCUCAUGCCGAGGAGAAAGGGAAGCAAUUACUGUGACAAUGAAAUUUAUUUUAAAAUUGCCUGAAGAAUAAAGCUUGUCUCUUA